UAUAUAUAUAUAUACAUAUGUAUAUGUAUGUAUGUAUAUAUUCACGCAUGUGUUAUUUUCCGACUUCAAUCUUAAACUGUCAUCUCGCAUCCUACUUCUUCCCAGUUGUAUUAACUGAGAUCGUUCUGAAGCCUUCUACUACAAUAUCCAGCAGGCAAAAAACAUCGUCGAUUUCGGCAGAACGUCUGCAGUAAGACUUUUAUAAAAAAUCUCUAUCUUCUUUGUUUUGUGGUCCACAUAACAUUCUCUUGUCUUCUCCCUGUAUUUUGUCUACAACAAAUAUAUAUUCGCCACCACGAGACGACUCGUUGAUAAACAAACAUUCAAGCCGUGAGUAGGAAAUAUACCGGCAUUGCAUCCGUUCCGCAUCUAAACAGACGGCUGUUAUAUCUAAAGACAAGAAACUGGACCGGAAUUCCGUUGAGAUCAACUUUGCCUUUCAGACUUUAGUAGAUAAUAAUCGCCGUACCACUGAAGUACUGGUUUCUCUUUGUGAUGAAAGGCGAUGAAUUGGUAGAAAUAGUCGAAAACCACACAAAAUAAAUUGUGGUGUUUGUUCUAUUUAGCUCUUUACGUUCCAAGUUCGAAACCUUGAAAGGUCAAAUUUGCCUUUCGUAUCCCCUAAUUCGAUAAAGUAAAUGACGGGUCAAAUACCGUAUCCGUUGUAAUUCUCUAACCGUUUUUCCGCUAAAAUUGCUGAUCCUCAGAAAUAAAUAUUUGUCAGCUUUUUAAGAAUUGCUCAAGAAUUAAUAUGGAUAACCUUAAACUUGAAGAGACUCCUAAUAAUUCUGUUUUUAACAAUAUAGAUACAAUUCAAGAUCCAGAUAUUGUCGGAGAGACAGACAGAGAUGACAAACCUGUAUCUAGUGAAAUAUUUACUACAGAAAGAUCGUUACAGGGAAAUAUUACUGAAAUUGAAUAUAGAUGUGAUGUUUGUAAUAAAACGUUUGUUUCAGAGAGUGAAGUCUUCAUACACAAGCAAAUGCAUGAUAAAGGGAAACCCUAUCGCUGUGAAAUAUGUGGGAAAUAUUUUGCUUAUAACAGUUACUUGAUAAGUCAUCAACGGAUCCACACGGGGGAAAAACCGUUUCGUUGUCAAAUAUGCGAAAAAACCUUCACUCAAAAUUCUCAUCUUGCUAUCCACAUCCGUAGUCACAUUGGAGAGAAACUGUUUCACUGUGAGAUGUGUCUGAAAUCGUUUGUGUCGAACAGUAAUUUGACGAAGCAUAAACGAAUCCACACGGGGCAAAAACCUUACGCUUGUCAAAUAUGCGAUAAGGCAUUCACUCAGAAAUCUCACUUGGUGAAUCAUGUCCAAAGCCAUACUGGGGGGAAAUUGUUUCCUUGUGAAGUGUGCGAGAAAUCGUUUGUGUCUAAAAGUAAUUUAGCCAAGCAUGAAAGAGUCCAUUCUGGAGAAAGGCCCUUCCAUUGUGAUAUCUGUGGGAAAUCGUUCUCUGAUAAUGCUAACCUUGUGGUUCAUGGGAAAAUACAUUCUGGUGAGAAGUUGUUUGACUGUGAUGUUUGUGGUAAAUCGUUCUUUACCAAUUCAAAACUUACAAUCCAUAAACGUAGCCAUUCUGGUGAGAAACUGUUUUAUUGUGUUAUAUGUGACAAAUAUUUUGUGUCGAACAGUGUGUUAACGAAACACAAACGGAUCCACUCUGGGGAAAGACCGUUCCAUUGUGAAAUAUGUGAGAAGUCUUUUGCUUCAAACAGUGACUUAAACCGGCACAGGCGGAUCCACUCUGGAGAAAAACCGUUCCACUGUGACAUAUGUGGGAAGUCUUUUACUCAAAAUUCUUGUCUUGUUAUCCACAAUCGUAGCCAUGCUGGAGAGAAACCUUACCAUUGUGAAGUGUGCGGUAAAUCUUUUGUUGAUAAAAGUAAUUUGAACAGACACAAACAAACUCACACUUUGCCAAUCUUAAGUGUACAACAACACCUUGUGAACGUUGGACAGAGUGAACAUUGAAUGGAUUGAACAGAGUGAACAUUGAAUGGAUUGAACAGAGUGAACAUUGAAUGGACUGAACGUUGAACAGAGUGACACUGAACAGAGUGAACAUUGAAUGGAUUGAACAGAGUGAACAUUGAAUGGAUUGAACAGAGUGAACAUUGAACAGAGUGAACAUUGAACAGAAUUAACACUGAACAGAAUGAACGUUGAAUGGAGUGAACAUUGAACAGUGAACAUUGAAUGGAUUGAACAGAGUGAACACUGAACAGAGUGAAAUAUGUAAGAAGGAGUUCAUUGCAAGUGGUUACUUAAAAAGAUAUAGCUACCCACUUUCAAAUUCUGCAGAAUAACUAUACACCUUGACCAAAAACUUCAUGAUACACAACACUCCCUGUCAGUUCUUUUUCCAUCAUCUUGUCUCUCUUUGGCUGUGCUGCCAAAUUUUCUGUUUGGUCUGCAUAUAUGAGAUCUGGAUCAAUAAGGAUCCGGGCUGUUGCCAUAGUAACAAAGCGAAAGCACACAGAGUGAAGCUGUAUGGCAAAGAUUGUCCUUGGACUCUGCUGUACAUCUGCACUAAGUUUUAACAUUCUAGCUGACUUCUGCUGUUUACGGCAGUGGGGGUCUCCUGCCCCUAAGCCCUAGACCAUCACAUAAUCACCCUUACCAGUCUUGUUGCUUAACAACAACAACAACAACAGCAGUGCUGGAAAGAAGGUGUGUAGCAUGUGAUCGUCACAUCGACCGUCACAGAGCGUUGUCAUGGCAGAGUUCAAGGUCAAUCUUUGUCAAGUGGCUUCACUCUUUGUGCUUUAGCUUCAUUACUAUGGCAACAGUCAGGAUACUUAUUGAUCAGACCAGGUAUGUGCUGAUCAACAUUUGUUAGCUACUCUGGUGACAACACUACCUAUCUAUCUAUCUUCCACACACACACACACACACACUCUCUCUCUCUCUCACUCUCUUUCUCUCUCUCAACAACAACAACAAUUCUUUUUGCUCUUCCCAGAUUUAGAUCAGCUUGACUUUUAUAACAUAACAUUGGAGAAAAGACUGUAUCAAUGUGAUCAGACCACAUAUGUGCUAAUCAACAUUUGUUAGCUACUCUGGUGACAGCACUACCUAUCUAUCUAUCUUCCAUACACACACAUUCUCUCUCUCAAGAACAAAUUUAAUAUGAUAUAAAAAGUUGGAGCAGGUUUUGCUUUGCGAAAAGACAACCAGGGAUAUAUAUGGGUUAAAAAAAAAAAAGAUAAGU